ACAAAAAAUAGGUAAGAAUUGUUCCGUCAUUCAUCGUUAUAAAUUGAUCAUUUUAUUAUUAAUUUGACACAGGGGCCACAGGAGGGGCCAAGGGCUUCUUCACAGGGGCAGUGGCCCCUGGAGGCCCCCUGUGUAGAACCGCCACUGCUUAUAGUCAGAGCUUAUCAAGUGUCCAUCUUUGCCUUUAGGUGGGAUUAUCAUGUGUGUGUCUCGGCUGGUUUUGCUGCUCGGGCUGCUUCUCUGUGUGGGGGCUCAGCUGUCCCACGCCCAGCACUGGUCCCAUGGCUGGUACCCUGGAGGCAAGAGGGAGCUGGACUCCUUCAGCACGUCAGAGAUUUCAGAGGAGAUAAAACUGUGUGAGGCAGGAGAAUGCAGCUACUUGAGACCCCAGAGGAGGAGUGUUCUGAGAAACAUCAUUUUGGAUGCAUUAGCCAGAGAUCUCCAGAAGAGAAAGUGACAGCCUUCCACCCUACUCUGCUUUUCUACCUAGUGACCCUCUUCGUCAGUGUCUUUGACUUGACCUGAAACAACUUUCUGUUCUGUUAAUCCCUCCAUCUAGUCUAUUUGUUAUAUAUAUUAAUUGUUUUCCAGCAUUACAUGGAUUUUCCCUGUGGCAAACAAAUGUUAAAACUGUAAUGUGCCAAAAUAAAGUAUCUAUUUUGAUAUGAA